AAAGAGCGGAGUUGUGAGAACCGGCACACACUUCCCAUUUGCAAGUGGGAACGCAAAAUGUUUCUUGCUUUAUAUCUGUUGCUUCUGUGCGACGAGAGCCAACUGGCUUUUGGUGGGCCAAUAAAGGGUGGACCCGUUUGGAUGAAAAUUGAUACUAAUAUAUCAUCAACAACUGUUUCAAUAAACAAGCAAAUUGUUGGUGGCGCUCAAGCUAAUCAAGGAGAUGUUCCUUGGCACGCUCUGAUCGUUCCAGAUGCUACAAAUCUCUGUGGAGCGUCAUUGAUAAGCAACCAAUGGAUCAUGACCGCAGGCCACUGCGUUUAUUGGCAUCCUCAAUUUUCUGUCUACUUGGGACGUACGGACCGGUUGAAUACACAACCAGGCUCGGUGAUGCUAACAGUGAAGACAAAAGUCGUAAAUCCCAAAUACACAGGAACUCAGGAUUGGGCAGAUCUAGCAUUGCUCAAAUUUGAUGCACCGCUGGAUAUUACCAAAUAUCCUUACAUUAAACCGAUUCGGUUGGUCAAAAAAUCUUUAUCAACCUCAGCUUUUGUUGGAACUAAAGUUUAUGUAAGCGGAUUUGGAAAAACUUCUGAUGAUCCUGCUCCGAGUAACAAAUUGAUGUGGACCAACAAUACCGUUGUUAGCAGCACAGUGUGCAAACAAACGUUUGGAUCGCUUAUCAGGACAGAAAUAAUAUGCAUGAGUGGCACCGGGCCUCGAAGCAUUUGCCACGGGGACAGUGGCGGCGCAAUGGUUUAUCAAGAGGCGGAUGGAAUUUUCACGCAAAUCGGAACCGUGGCUUUUGUUUAUUCGAGUUGCAUUCAAGGAAAGCCGCAAGGUUUUGUCAGGACCGGAUUUUAUUUGUCCUGGAUUUCUUCAACAACUGGCAUACCUAUGCGUCCUUAAAGGCAGAAAAAACUAAUUGAUUAAAAAGUAAAAAUGAAACAAAAUUGAUUAGCAAUAUACACUUUUUUGUCCAAGUUUUAUUAAAUAAUUUUUAUGCCGUCAACUGAGUUUUCAAUAAAUCCGUAUG